AUGAAAACAAAUUCUGUAUCUGUCCUUGAGAAUGUGCCCGAUCAAUCACAAAAUGCGAAAAAUCAUCAACAUUUGAAAACAACACGGACGCCGAAAACAGUGAUUUAUACAACUAUUAAAUCGUCGCGCUAUAAGCAAUUUACCAGUUCUCAAAAUAAUUCAAGGUCUUUAACAGCUGAUGAUGCACAUCGAUAUCAAAAAAGUUCGAUUGAUUUUCGACAAAAAAACAACAAUAGUCCUGUUUCAUCAAGUCAAGACUCACGAGACGUCGUAUGGAAUUUACAGAAUAAAAAUUCAGAAACAAAAUUCAUUAGAAAUGAUGGUUCUCAUACUCCAUCUACUGAGGCUAUGGUAACUAUUUCAUGGAAAUCAUCUGAAAUUAAAAAUACAUGGGAAAAUCCAGUGGAUUAUCAUUGUAAACGUUUUCAUCCAAAUUUAAACGAGAGAAAAAAGAAAAAAUACAGAAGAUUAUGCGUUAUUUCUUUGAUAAUAUUUCUUCUAGCUUUAAUUGUAGCAACGAUUAUUGUUCUUAGCGUUCUUCUGACAAAAUCCAAGACAAAAACGAACGUUGCUGUGCCGGUACUACGUUGGAAUACAACUGGCAUAACAAUUGCUGGCAUAACUGGUUGGAGUGGAAUCAAUGAAAGCCAACUGAAUCAUCCCUGGGGAUUGGCAUUAACUUAUGAUCGUACACUCUACGUUGCAGAUCGUUUUAAUAGUCGGAUUCAAAAGUUUUUAUCAGGCUCCACAAAAGCUACAACUGUAGUCGGAAAUCCCAAUGGUGUACCCAAUACUACACUUAAUUCUUUAUAUUAUCCGUCAAAAAUCGCUCUUGACGCUAAUGAAAAUCUAUAUAUAGCAGAUGGAUAUAAUAAUCGAACACUGUUCUGGGGAAAAAAUUCCAAUUCGGGAGUUAUUAUUGGAGGUUCAGGUAUUGCUGGUAAUGCAUUGAAUGAAUUAACUUUUCCAUUCGAUAUAGCUCGCGAUCCAGAUUUAGAUAUCACGUAUGUGUUAGAUUAUGGAAAUAAUCGUAUUAUGGGAUACAAACCUGGAAACUCUACAGGUUUCAUCGUUGCUGGUGGUAAUGGAUCAGGAUCAGGUUUUACACAAUUAGAUCAUCCAAUGGCUAUGCAUUUCGAUUCAGUAACAAACAGUCUUAUUAUUGCAAUUUUCAACCGUCAUAAUAUUGUUCGUUGGCCAUUAGGUGCGAAUAAUUGGACACUUGUUGCAGGCGAUAUCAAUGGGCUAUCUGGUAGUACAUCAACAUCACUCCAGUUGCCUACCGGUUUGACUCUUGAUCCAAUGGGUAAUUUGUAUGUCGCCGAUUUGGGUAAUCAUCGUAUUCAAUUGUUUUUAAAUGGCGAAAUGAAUGGUACGACAAUUGCUGGCAUAACUGGUCAGCCAGGAAAUGAUAGUCUAUCCCUGUAUUAUCCAUACACAAUUGUUUUAGACAAUCAAUUAAAUCUUUAUGUCGCGGAUAAUGCAAAUCAUCGAAUUCAAAAAUUUUUACGAUAUUGA